AUGGAGCAAGUACCAGUUGAUGCGACCGCUGAGCGGCGCUUUGCAGAAUCUCACGAUACUGCACUCUGUUUGAUACCUCCACCACAAUCCUGGGGACCUAUCAAUGCGCUGCGGUCACUCAACGAUGAAAAGUUCACAAAAUGGCCGCCGCAUGUUACUCUUGUUUAUCCUUUUGUCACUCCAGAAGCCCUUUCCGAUGUGACCGAGGCGCUCUGCCAGCAUAAGAUUGCAUCUCAGGACGAGGACAUCUCCAUCAGCUUAGAGGAAGCUGGAGUCUUUUCACACCGUCGAAGAAGCACCGUCUUCAUUCGGCCAAAACCUGGACACCAAGUCAAUCGUCUCUCAGAGCUAAGAGAUCAAAUAUACCGCUUUCUCGGCUGGCCCAAAGGCAGAGAUUACCGGCCUCACUUGACGCUCGCUCAGAGCGAGGAUUCUCAGGCAUCAUGGCACCAGUUUCUCCUGGAAAAGGCUCGGCUUUUGACGCCGCUGACAUGGCAUACCCAUCAGCUCGCAAUAAUGAUACGUGAUCCUCUAUCGCCGAACAGCACCGCAGCCUCGCGACCAAUGAGACUUUGGGGAUACAUCGACCUGAUAUCUCAGUCUGUUGUUCGCGAUCCCACAACUUUAGCUGUAAUUCCUACUCUGCCAGUCGAUGUUUCUCUGCCACGUCCCCAGGCCACAUUUCAUCAUGAUGGAGUGAACAUGUCAUGGGAGCCUCUUUCAGAUUCCAUCACUGACGCAGAUGUUGACCCAACUCAGCUCAAUCGUCUUGUUAUCGCCUCUUACAAUGUCCUAGCCGAGUUUGACUGGCCACCGAGCUCAUCUCGUUACCCAAUACUUGUGGGCAAUAUUCUCUCGGAACGCGCCUCGGCUGAUAUCCUUGUUCUUCAGGAAGUCACCGACCAGUUCCUCGGCUUUCUGCUGUCCGACUCCAACAUUCGCUCGCAAUAUCCUUACGCCACUCAUGGACCACCUGAUCAACAUGGGGUUGCUCCUCUACCUAGCCACUUAAAUAUCGUUGUUCUAAGCAAGCUUCCAUUCCAGUGGGGAUAUCUUCCGAGCUUUAAACACAAGGGGUUUGGGAUUCUCAAAUUCCCAACAGUUCGAACUAGCGGACCUUCAGACUCUCCCCCGAUGCCCCUAGUAUUGGCAGCUUGCCAUCUCAGCAGGGGCUUAACCGACGCUGCCCUGGCUACCAAACGAGACGAGGUGAAGAGACUUACUGAGUACUUGAACUCUUCGUUUCCACAACAUCCAUGGAUAGUCGCCGGGGAUUUCAACUUGACCUCGUCUUCGCACACAAUUGAUCAAGCGCUACAAAGGGGCGAAAUUUCUGAAAAGGGCCUCGAGCAUCUUGAAGAAAUUGAGGCUACCGUGUCCAAGGCUGGGCUUCAAGAUGCAUGGUUAAUUUCUAGAGUUGGCCCUGGCGAAUCUUCGAGCACAACUGGAAACCAUGAAUCAGACCUGGGACUUUAUGAGGGAGAACAGGGAGCAACUUUUGACCCAAUCUCCAAUACUCUUGCUGCGGCCUCUGUCGGCGCCGGUGGCAACCGCCCACAGAGGUAUGAUAGGAUUUUGGUCACCAAAUCUGCUCAAUUACAACCUCAUGGAUUUAACAUGUUCGGCCAAGCUAUGGACUCAAGCGGGAGUAACUCCCAGAACCAAGCUAGCGACCACUGGGGUAUCCGCUGCCUUCUUAUGCUGUCACCAUCCAAUGUGGGCGUUGAUAGUCCCUCUAGUUCCAAGUAUCAGGAAAUCAACCUACGCAAAGCCUCUCUUACAUGGGGUAGCUUUGAGGAAUUGAAAGCCAGUUUGGUAUCCAAUGGCCAAUUUCCUUCCGCUUCGGAUGCGGAGCUGAGACAAGAAGCAGUGGCUCUCCUGCAAAGGACUUUGUUAGAGAACGAUGCGACUGAUGACGCUGAAAAACGCUCACAAGUUCAGCUUGUUCUCAUCCCUGUUGGAUCGUUUGGCCUCGGCGUGUGGACCAGCUUGUCAGACAUAGACUGUCUCUGCGUGGGUAACAUAAGUUCCAAGACAUUUUUCUCUUUGGCGGUGCAAAAGCUGAAGAAGGCUUCAACGAACGGUAUCAAAAUCCUGCGUCGUGUCAUGGCCAAUACCGGAACAAUGCUUGAGUUAGAAAUCCGUGGCAUCAAAUUUGAUCUUCAGUAUUGUGCUGCCGCAGCAAUCGCUCAGGGAUAUCCCGAUGUUCUGAAACGACCUGCAUCAGACCCUAUCUUCUCCUUACCAGUACAAUCAAUAGCAAAACUUAAACCUGCUCGAGAUCUCUUCUACCUACGAAGGUCCAUUCCUGAUAUGACCAAAUACCGUGUGGCGCAUCUUUUCAUCAAGGCCUGGGCACAAUCCAGAGGCUUGUACUCGGCAAAAUUCGGAUUGUUAGGGGGCAUUCACAUCACCUCUUUGCUGGUGCCAGUCUGCAAGGCUUUGGCAAAUGAACCCGAGGCAGCCUCCACCGCCGAUAUUCUGACCUCCUUUUUCCACCACUACUCAAAGUUCGAUUGGAAAACAGGGGUGGUAUUCGAUCCUUUUUACCAUCGUGACUUGAAAUACCAUCGCACUUUUAGGGAGCCACUUUGCCUGCUUGGUUGGCAUGGGCCGUCUCUAAAUACUGCGUCCAGUGCCUCCAUCUCCACUGUCAAUGCUUUGGCUUCUGAGUUUACCAGAGCUGCAGCCCUUCUUUCCCAAGAUGAUAUGACAUGGAACAAGUUUCUCGGUCUGGAGCUCUCUGGAACACCGUCGAGCUUGAUAGAGAAAGGAGGUGCUGAUUUUCUUGAUUCAUAUCGAACGUACAUUAAAAUAAGUGCCCGCUACUGGGGAUCUUCCCAACAGAAAGGGAGAAAGUACCUGGGCUGGCUAGAAUCGAGAUUUAUAUCUAUACUCGUUGACAUAAGCCGAAAGACUCUAGGCAUUGUACCUCGUAUCUGGCCAGCCAGAUUCAUAGACGAAGAGCCAACCAACGGUGCCGGUGACGAGCUUUCGGAGCUUUCGGCAUGCUAUCUGAUAGGCCUUAAGUGGGUUGACAGUAUUGCAGACAAGUCUGCAACGAGUCAGGCCGCCGCAGAAGGGAACAUCCGUGUCAUUCUCCAGGAAUUCGAAUCUCGCAUCCAGAAGAGCGACAAAUACUAUGACGCUGAGCACUGUUGGAUGAGCGCCUCCAUCAUGCGCCGAUCUGGCCUCGGCCCUGUGAAGCUCGCACCCGAACAGCUGUACGAGUACGAUGGUGCCGAUACGGAUCUGGACGACGAUGAAAGCGAUUUGGAAGAGGAAAAUGAAGCAGAUGGCGAAAUUUACGUAUCUUUAAGAGAGUAUCGGUCACUGAAAACAGGCACCUCCAAGUCUACAUCCGAAGUUGUAAAGCCGGCUGGGGCAGGCAAGCUCCGCAGCGCAGUCGACGCCAUGAAUCGCAUCCGAUGGGAUUCAGGCAUGGACUCUAGUGAUUACCUAGUUGGGUACGAAGAUCGUUUUCUUGGAGCUCAGGAGAAGGCGCUGGACAGCUGGAGAACCGAACAGACGGACGAGGAAUUCAUUCCACAGCACCGAAUCUUGUACUUCAAGCGUAAGAGCGAUGGAGUGAUUGUGUGGGACAGGAGGACACGAGUGGACACGAUAUUUGGUAGCGGAUAA